UCCUAAUCCUCCGCGUGAAAAGCCAAAUUUUUCAUUGGAACAGCCGCCGCGAGGGGCUGACAGAAAUCCCCAAUUUAUGUAUGUUUUAAACAAGUGCGACACACAGUGAAUGAGUAGUUGAUUGCAGACGCCGGAGACCAUUACAAACAUGGCUGCCCGGCCGGCGUUGCUCACUGAACACCGUGCGGCCCCUGAAGAACAAAGCAGCCAGGCGGACCACAUCGCCGGCGAUUGGUAUUCAGUACCAGAGCUUAGCCUCCGCGACAACCGCUUCACCGUACCCCUCGACCACUCUGAUCCCCACUCCGCCCCCAAGAUCACCAUUUUUGCGCGCGAAGUCGUCGCAGCUGGAAAGGAAAAGCAAACGUUACCAUAUUUAUUAUUCCUACAAGGUGGACCCGGCUUUGAGAGUCCUCGCCCUACUGAAGCUAGUGGAUGGAUAAAGAAAGCAUGUGAAGAACAUUGUGUUGUUUUGCUAGAUCAGCGUGGUACAGGGUUAUCUACUCCUUUGACGGCGUCAUCUCUUUCCCAAUUUAAAUCUUCGACGGAGUUGGUUAACUACCUGAAGCAUUUUAGGGCAGAUAAUAUAGUCAGAGAUGCUGAGUUUAUCCGUAUUAAUCUGGUACCUGAUGCUGCUCCUUGGACAAUUUUAGGGCAGAGUUAUGGAGGAUUUUGCGCUCUUACCUAUUUGAGUUUUGCUCCAGCCGGCCUGAAGUCUGUUUUACUGACCGGAGGUAUCCCUCCAAUAGGAAAUGGUUGCACUGCAGAUUCAGUUUAUAGGGCUUGCAUUGAGCAGGUUAUUCAUCAGAAUGAGAAAUAUUAUAAAAGAUUCCCUCAAGAUAUUCCUGUUGUUUGCGAACUGGUCAGCUUCUUGAGUAAAGCUGAAGGUGGAGGGGUUCCUCUUCCAUCUGGAGGGAUUCUAACCCCUAAGGGUUUGCAACUACUUGGACUUGCAGGCCUAGGAUUUGGUGGUGGAUUUGAACGUCUACACUACAUGUUCGAAAGGAUAUGGGAUCCCGUAUUGCUUCCUGGAGGAGGAGAAAAGCAAAUAAGUUUCUACUUCUUAAAGGCU